AUGUUGGUUUUUGCGUCUUCUGGCAUUACUUCUCUAUUAUUGCCUGGCGGGUGUACACCACACUCCAAGUUCAAUAUUCCUUCAGAUCUUGAUCACGACUCAUCUGUUGAUCGUACAUUUCAUGAUGUCUAUUGGUAUUACAUUCCUGGUUCUGAAAAUCAACUUUUCGGGGAGAAGAUUUUAGUACUUGGUGGUGACUUUCGUCAAAUCUUGUCGAUUAGUCCGCAUGGAUCACAUUGUGAUGUCGUUAGAGCUGCUAAUAACAAGUCAUGUACUCUAUGGAAUGCCUGUCUUGUUUUUGUGUUGACAACUCACAUGCGUUUACAUGAUCCAACCAUCAUUGGGGCUGAACUGAUAUGCAUUCAUGCAUUUAAUACAUGGCUUCUUGACACGGGAUCUAGUAAGCUUCCUACAACUUCAGUUGAACGCGAAGAUGAUUCUACAUGGAUCACUAUACUUGAUAAACUUUUGAUUCCUAUUGUUGACAAUCCUAUUCAGACAAUGUUAUCCAAUAUAUUCACUGAUAUUUUGAAUAAAAUUAGCGACUUCUCUUAUUUGAAGGAACAAUGCAUCGUUUGUCCUAAAAAUGAUGAGGUUGAUAAAAUGAAUUUACAUGUUCUUGAAAGUAUGCCAGUCGACAUGCAUGAAAUGUUAAGUGCUGAUGCUAUAUGUGCGACUACAGGUAACUUUAAAGAAAUGAAAAUUACUUCUUGUAUAUGGGGUAUGAAAGUUACUGUCUCGAUAUGGGGAACACUUGCUACACAGUAUACCGAUGAAGAUAUAAGAAGCUACAAUGAUAAUGUAGUUGUCAUUCUCACUUCUUGCAAAGUUUCUCUUUUGAGAGGUGUUCCAACAUUACAAACAGCAGGUUCAUCUCAAAUGUAUUUGAACCUUACAGUGAAGGAGAUUGAGUUUUACAAAAUUAUUGUAGCACAACCGGUACGUUUUAUAUAUCAGAGCAAAGGAAAAAUAGAGGCCUUCUACCCAACCAGAUUAUCUGAUGUUUAUAGUCAUUUACAACAUGGUGUCGAUAAGGUUGCUUCUAAUAAUAAAGAAAAUGAUGGUAUUCAAAAAUGUAAAUAUGAAAUCAACGAUGCGGAAGACGAACAAGGAAGUGAUAACGUUGAUCAUGGUAAUAUUGAAGAUCAUAUUUGUAACACGUCCAUCUCUAUUUCUACUUUACAAGAUUGUGAAGACAUUCACGCAGCUUCUGUUGAUAUUGAAGUUGAUUCUUCGGCAAAAUCUUCUAUCGGACCCUCAAUAACACCAAAGAAGCAUCGGCUUCCAUAA